UCACGGAGCUGGUGCCGACCACCGUUCCUAGGGAGGAGCUCGAGUGCGCGUGAACCGAUAUCGACAGGAAACUAGCCGCUCAUCGAGCGCGACUCGCCAAGCUGGACAAGAUGGGUGUCUGUUUCAGCAGUGAGAAUACGGACGAUGCAGAGCAGAAGAAGAGAAGUCAGAUGAUUGACAAGAAGAUCGAGGAGGAUUCCAGGCGGCUAAAGAAAGAAUGCAAGAUUCUAUUACUUGGUUCCGGAGAGAGUGGAAAAUCCACCAUUGUCAAACAGAUGAAGAUCAUCCAUCAAAAUGGCUACACCGUGGAAGAGCUUUCCAUGUGCCGGUUGACAGUCUACAAGAACCUCAUGGAUUGCGUGAAAUCCCUCAUCGGAGCUUACCAACAGUUUAAUCUGGAGCCUUCCAGUCAAAAGGUCCGCGAUUAUAUGACAUAUCUCUCGGAAUAUAACAUAGACCCCGAUCCCAAUAUACCCCUGGACCCCAAGGUCGGUGAUGCGGUCACGUAUCUGUGGAAUGAUCCCUGUACGUCCACCGUCCUAGAGCAUCAGAGCGAAUUCUACAUGAUGGAUUCCGCCCCAUAUUUCUUCGAGGAAUCGAAGCGAAUAGCAUCGCCAGACUAUAUCCCCAACGAAGCGGACGUUCUCCGUGCGCGAACGAAGACUACAGGUAUAUACGAGACAAGAUUCACGAUGGGCCAGCUUAGUAUUCACAUGUUCGACGUGGGCGGACAGCGGAGUGAACGGAAGAAGUGGAUCCAUUGCUUCGAGAAUGUCACGUCCAUCAUUUUCUGCGUCGCGUUGAGCGAAUACGACCAGGUGUUGUUGGAAGAAAGUAAUCAGAAUCGAAUGAUGGAGAGCCUGGUGCUCUUCGAUUCGGUUGUUAAUUCUCGAUGGUUUAUGCGGACAAGCGUCAUUCUGUUCCUCAACAAGGUCGACCUAUUCCGGGCGAAGCUGGCCCGUUCGCCCCUAAGCAAUUACUUCCCCGAUUAUUCCGGCGGCAACGAUGUCAACCGGGCCGCCAAGUACCUCCUAUGGCGGUUCAAUCAAGUCAACCGUGCACAUCUGAAUCUCUAUCCGCAUCUUACUCAGGCGACCGAUACCACCAAUAUCCGCCUCGUCUUUGCCGCCGUGAAGGAGACGAUUCUACAAAAUGCCCUGAAAGAUUCAGGCGUUCUAUAGCGACCGUCCCAAGGCUCUCGCUGAGAUGAGGAAUAUACCCUAAUAUUCGUCAUUCUUGGAGCACAUCUAAUCUUUGAUCGUCUCUUGAUGCCUUUCCUAUGGCAGGGCGGUCGAACAGGUCAUUUUCUGUUGUACAUGACACGGCGUUAAACUGGGGUCUCAUCUUUUGGGUUUAUACUUCGGCGCCCCGAGGUGGA